AUGUCUUUUCCAUCUCGGUCAGAAGCAACCGUGGACGAGCAGCAAUAUCUCAAGAAGUACAAUGGUCGUGCCCGCUCCUCAUCAUUCAAUCAUCCAGCUGUCCGCAGACAACAAUCUGAUUCCUUGUUCAAUACUACACCAUCACCCAAUGCCAGUAGAAGAAGACCAAGCUUUGACUCCCAUCAGAACAGACAUCGCCAACAACAACAACGCAUCAAAGCAAAAGCUUCUCAUAGCAACUUUUUACAAGUCAGUUCACACCAUCAUGUAGGCGGUGCUUCUUCCAUCGAUGAAUCAGGCUCAGAAGAAAACGACGAUGACACUGACUCUCUAUACCAUGGAAAUCCGCAAAUACCAGUAGCUGCUAUUUCCACACAUCAAUUAGACGCCAAUACUACUUUAGUUGACUCACCGACUCCAUUAUCUGCUGAAGAACACAACAGAUCCCUUGCAAAUUCAUUCAAAGAAAAGCUUGUUAUUUCACGUAAAAACACAAGGAAGGGGGCACAUGGUAGCUCUUUGGAUAAAGGAGGAUCCCAAGGAGGUGGUGGAGGGGUAUUCGGUACAAUCCUUGGUAGUAGAAGUAGCAGCACAACGACUACACAUAGCAAUCAGCAAUUGUAUGACGAUGGCUCAAAUGCAAUUUACCCUCCUCCUCAAAAACAGACAGGACAGAGAGAUCAAUACGGUUUUCUCAAGAGCUCUCAAUGGAUUUCUGAAGAUGCUUUUAAUGGGUUUGAGAACUAUUAUGCGCCAAUUAUGAAGCGAAGAUCAUUGAAAUGGCGACAACUACUAGCAGAGAAUGAUGAUCAAUGGCCAGCAAGAAGCAGUAAAAUCAAACGCUAUAUCCGAAAGGGCAUUCCACCCGAAUUGAGAGGACAGGCUUGGCUGCAUUAUAGUGGAGCCAAGGCGAAAAUGGACGCAAACAAGGGCGUGUAUUAUGAUAUAGUGCAACAAGCAGAAGCGAUAGGAAGCCAAAACGAGAAUCUUGAUAUCAUUGAGAGAGAUUUACAUCGUACCUUUCCCGAAAACAACAGAUUUCGCCCUGAAUCACACUGUCAAAACAACAACAGCACACCAGAGGAGAAAAUGAAUAUACCAAUCAUCAAAUCGCUACGACGAGUUUUACUUGCCUUCUCCAUCUACACACCCUCCAUUGGCUACUGUCAAUCACUGAAUUACAUUGCUGGCAUGCUGCUGCUAUUCAUGGACGAAGAAGAAGCGUUCUGGACAUUCGUUACGUUGAUCAACGAUAUACUGUCACCCAAUACCUACGAUGUCACCAUGGAAGGCGCAAACGUGGAUCAGAAUGUACUCAUGAUUCUGAUCUCUGAGAGAUUUCCUCAUUUGUGGAAUAGAAUGUCUGAAGGAAAGUCGUUUUGGGAGUGUGAGGAACAGGAAGGAACCGGCAUGCCCACUUGUUCUUUGGUGACAAGCCAUUGGUUUCUGACACUGUUCAUCAACAUUCUGCCAAUUGAGAGUGUGCUGCGUGUGUGGGAUUGCUUGUUCUAUGAUGGACAAAAGGUGCUGUUUCGAGUUGCACUGGGCAUAUUCAAACUGAAUGAAAACGAAAUCAUGGCUGUACAUGAUCCAUUAGAGGUCUUUCAAGUGAUUCAAAAUAUGCCAAAACGCAUGGUGGAUUGUCACAAGCUGAUUGACGGCACAUAUCUACAAUACGCAUCAGCAACAAGAGUGAGUGACGAGGAGAUUCGCGAUAGAAGAGAGCUGUUCAAAAAAAGAAGAGAUGAAAGACGUAGAAACAUCCCCGUUCAAAAAGGCGGCAAGUUACUUAAAAGAGGCACGAUGCGUGGAGCCAUUAUCCAUCGAGCCAAAGAAGCUCGUUAUUUUGUUGAGAGAGCUAAAACUGUCAGAAAAUAA